AAGUAUCUAGGUACCUAGCGCUCGCUCAUAUCGAAGGCGUGAGUGCGAGUUAGUGACACUGACAAUUGAAUAAGUUAGCGAGUUCUUCCGUUCGGCAGUUGUACAAUGGUGUUGUGAACUAGCGGUGUGGUGUUUGUUUGUAUCUACGCUUUGUUUACGUUACGAUGUGACUUGCAAAGUAACAAAUAAAAAGCUCGUAAAUGAAGAUGAAGUUCGGGGGUUGUUAUUGCGUUGCGUGAUUAAUUAAUUCAACUAACCGGUUUCUGUUGCGCCGAGUGGUUUCGAACGUGAUAUUCGACGAUCAAGCGGCAAGACGAGACUUUGUUUACAAUGGCGUUUUCACUUAACAAGUUGAAGAACAUUUUGAAUAGCAAUCGGGACGGUCAGUUAGCCGGGAGUGGGAGCUUGGAUCCCGAAAUUGGGUUCAAGUUGUCCUUGCAUCCGGUCAGCAAGAAUUUGUUCGUGACUGUGAUCGGCGCUCGGCACCUACCAUCUUUAUUUGGGCUAAGUCGCGCCCAUGGAUACCUCGUUAAGGUGAAAAUCUUUCCCGGCGACAGCAAAUUUGAGACAUCCUUACAAGAGAGUUCAUGGCCAGUUUGGAAUGAAGAUUUUAAAUUCCAAUUGAAGCUUAAAGAUGCAAAGAGGCCGGCUGACAAGGUCGACCUUCAGACUCUAGUCGCCGGCCAUUUUUUGUCGCUCACAAUUUAUGCCAUACUCGAACCACCAAAACCAGAGACGGACAAGAGAAAAAAUAGUAAAACACUAGACGCGAAAAAAACUAAUAAAGUCACAGAACGCGAGGAGCCUAAAGCUAAGACUGGUUUUCUAGAGAAAACAUUCACUAGUUUUAAAUCUACGAAAGCUGAGGCCAUAGCUCAGAAAUCUAUUUUAGAGAAAAGAAGAACCGUAGGCGCUGCUACUUGGAAUUUCGACUCGAAGCUGUUUCAAAAUGAUCUCAAGAAUGGGCUGAUUGGUACGCCAGACAUCUGGAGGCCCAUCAAUGCCAUUGCCAGCGGUUUAAAUACGGCCGAUACGCGGAGAGAAAACAGAAAAGGUCAGCUGGAGGUGACACUUCUAUAUAAUGCAAGUGAAGAUGGACUCAACGAUACAGUGCAGCUUACAAUAAACCGACUAAGGUGCAGCGUGCAGACUAUGCAAGAACAGGAGCAGUUCAAAGCGCCUCUGUACCUUAAGGCGACAAUAUUGGAAGCAAACAAAGCAGAGUGCUACUGGAAGAGUGAUAGGUUUGUUCCAACAAUAUCCGCCAGAUGGGACCCCAAAUCGGCUACCGUUAAAAUGACUGUAUUCAAAGCUAGCUUGAACAAGGUCAGCAUAUACAUUAGUUUGGGGUGCAAGAUUAAAAUGGCGAAGAAAGAAAUUCUUGGGAAAGCGACAAUAGACGAGAAAUCUCAAUACUCUGAUUCGUGGAACGAGUGCUUGCGACAACCAGGUAUACCCAAAACAUUAUGGGUCAAUUUCGAAUGAUAGAAUACUACGGUGUACCAUAUGAGUUAAGCCUCAACAACAUUUGGUCGUUAGCCCGUGUUCGGGUUCACGAAAGAGAUUACUCGAAUUUGGGCACCCGAAGCAAUAUAUACUGGAAUGCGGGCUGGAAGACGGUGUCAGGUAACCAAAACUAAAACUACCCGAAUACGGGCGUACUCGACUCUGUUCAUUUACACUUAGUCGUUUACCUGAAGUCCAUUGGCACUCGUACUCAGGCUAACGACCAAGUGUAAUCGCGUCAUAAGGCAGAGGCAAAGCUUCAUGUAGUGUAAGUGAGAGAAACGUUUAUCUGUGUACGCGACAAUCGUCGUAAGUGUUCACUUUACACACGCGCAAUGGGCUAUUUGACAACGUUCCGAAUUUAUUUAUUAGAGUAUAGUGACUCCAUAAAAAGAUAAAAAAUUAUAUUUAUAGGUUUGUUGCAUAUAUCAGAAAAAAACGUUUUUUUUUUCAAAUAUGCCGCGGAAACUUUUCUCUAGCAAAUAUGGCGUCUUAUAGGCAGGUGACUUCAUUAAAACGUCAAAUAGAAGAAAGGAAUUUCACUUCGUUAGCAUGUCUACAAGCAGGAAGACAUUUUAGGCGUGAUAAUUGACCAAAAAUAUUAUUUAUUAAUAUUUCUUUUUCAUGAUUUUUAGUAAUAGUAUUACAACAACUUUUUUGACAGAAUAGUGAAAUCACUCCCAAAAUUCAUGUUUAAAUACACAUGCCAAAAAUUGGCAAGUACUUUUUUUUCGUACUGUUAAAUGGCUUUUUGUAUGAAGCUUUAGAUCUGUGCCUUCUUUACUCGUGUGAUUAUACUGUAUAAUCGGAUGGACUGUGUAUAAUUUUAUGUACUGUUUGAUGUUAACAAAUGUUAUAUUUUUCAUGUUCUGAUGCGUAAAUUUGUAAGAUUUUUAUAAUGAAAACUGUGAUUGAAUCUUUAUUUUGUAGACUAACUAAUAGUAUACUAUAGUGACUCGUGGUUGGUUGAUUGUUUCUAAUUAGAUGUGAAAAUAAGUAUUUCUUUUAUUUUGUUAGAAUGAGAGAUAUCGUUAUCUGUUUGAAUGGAACUUGUAAUUUAAUUUUAAUAAGCCAUAUUAGUAGGACAAAAGGUAAUCAAUUAACAUUCCAGACAAGUACAGUCACAAAGUCAGUCACAAGUGUAAUUACGAAAAAAAAAUGAUUAAGUUUACUUAUUUAACAGCUGGGUACUAAUAAUGAAAUAAGAAAACAGACGAUAUAAAUAUGUAAUUAAUUUCUAAGUAUUGCACAAGAUUUUACCUUUUAUAUUUUAUUUGAAAGCGUUUAUAUAGCGGUCUAAAAAUAGCCUAGGCCCUGUGCAAAAGGUUUGUAUUUAUCUCACAUUUCAGAGAAUCCAUAAUAAUAAUGUUAUUUGAACCAUGAUAGAAUCUGAAUUAUUGGUGAGUUCGUAUUAUGCAUAUAAAUAAAUCAAGUUAGUUAUAUCUGUAGUAUUAUGCAACUGGUAUGAUUUUUUACUCGAAAAGUUUUAAGGGGAUUAUAAAAACAUUUUUUAAACACUAAUUAGACUAGCCCCCAAAGUAAGCACUGUAAAAGGCUUGUAAGUAUAUUUUUUCUAUAAAUAUAUAUAAACAUUCAUGACUAUGGUAAAAAUGCUCGUAUUCAUCAUACUAACAUUUGCCCCCACCGGGAUUCGAACCCGGGACCUCUGAGUAGGCGACGCCAUGAAAGCCGGCGUAUAUACGACUCGGCCACGGAGUUCGUCAAUACAUACAUUAUUAAACAUUCAUUGUUAUUGAAAUCACAUAACAAUAUUAAUAGAACUCAAGAAUGUCAGUUGACCGAGUAACGUUUUUAUUUUACUUUCAAGACUAAAAAGCGAAUAGACCACAUAUUUAUAAUUUGUUACAAAAUGACAACCGAUGUCGCUAGGAGUAUUUAUUAGUAAAACAUUGAGUAAAUAUUGAGUAUUUCGAUAUCAAUAUCUAACACAUAUUUUUCUUCUUUAAGUGCCUCUUCAUUAUUGAAGGUUGGCCGCUAACUUUUUGUACUUCUCCUUAUCUAUGGCGAGGCGAAACAAUUGCUCGACGGAACUGAUCCCCGUCCACUCCCUGAUAUUUCGUAGCCAGGACUUCUUCCUGCGUCCAACGGGCCUUUUACCCUCAACCUUGCCCAUCAUUAUGAGUUGGAGCAGCUUGUACCUGUCGUGUCUAAGCACGUGACCGAGGUAUUCUAUUUUGCGCUUCUUGAUGGUUUGCAUGAGUUUCCGAGUCAUUUCGACACGCUGGAGUACGGUUUCAUUCCUGACUUUUUCAGUCCAGCUGAUACGGAGCAUACGACGAUAACACCACAUCUCAAAUGCCUCGACACGUCUCACAGUGUCCUCUUUUAAGGUCCAUGCUUCGCAGCCGUAGGUGACUACAGGCCAGAUGUAACACAAAAGCAUUCUAACUCGGAGCUUAAUGUUUAUUUGACGACAACACAAAAUAUUCGUCAUUUUGUAUAAUGAGGCUCGGGCAAUCUCAAUCCGGGUCUUGAUUUCUUGAUCAGGUUCCCAUGCUUCAUUUACCCAAGCACCGAGGUACCUAUAGUGUCGCACACGCUCUAGGUUUUUGUUGCCUAUCAGUAUGUUAGGGUUUAAAUCAGGGUUCCUCGAUAUCACCAUGAAUUUGGUCUUACUGGUGUUAAUAGUCAGCCCCGCUUUUUCACUACUUUCAUUCACCCGGUUUAUCAUUGCCUGUAGGUCGUUUGCUGAAGCUGCAAUUAGAACCGUGUCAUCUGCAUAGCGUAGGUUGUUUACCGUCUUGCCAUUUAUUUUCACUCCAACCUCGAGGUUUUCAAGAGCUUCCGACAUUAUGGCCUCUGAGUAUAUAUUAAAAAGCAUCGGAGAGAGAAUGCAACCCUGCCGGACGCCACGACAAAUCUCAAUGUCUUCAGUUUCUUCGUUAUCAACUCUAAUACUAGCUCUCUGGUUCUUAUACAAGUUGUGUAUGAUGCGUAUAUCUUUGCCGUCUAGACCAAUGUCCUCCAGUUGUUUUAAUAGAAGUUCGUGUUUAACACGAUCGAAAGCCUUCUCGUAAUCUAUGAAACACAUCAGUACGUCAGUUUGCAUGUCCCUACAUUUUUGUACGAGAACGUUAAGGGCGAAAAGAGUUUCACGUGUUCCAACACCGGAACGAAAUCCGAACUGGCUUUCCGCAAGUUGUUCAUCACAUUGAAGUCUUAUUCUAUUAUGUAUGAUGCUCAGAAAAACUUUAAGAACGUGGCUCAUAAGGCUUAUCAUACGAUAUUCUUCACAUUUACGAGGGUUUUUCUUUUUAGGGAUCGUGAUAAACGUAGAUUUUAGCCAGUCAUGAGGUAUAUUGCCAGUAUCGGAGACUUGGUUAAAGAAAUGUGUGAUUACGUCAAGUUGGUCUUCUUCUAGGAGCUUAAGAACUUCUACAGGUAUGUUGUCCGGUCCCGGUGAUUUGCCCGCUUUUGCAGUUUUCAAACCUCGUAGAACUUCAGAUGUUAAGAUAGAAGGGCCAGAGUCGUCAGUAUUUAACGCAAUGUUUCUUUGGUCUUUAAACAUAUUGGAUACAUAUUCACACCACUGUUUCUUUUUAGCAGCCGUUUCCAGAACCAGAUUGCCUUGGUUAUCUCUGAGAGCAGGGUAAGUUUGAUAACUAUAGCCCAACAUCUCCCUAACAUGUUUAUGAAUAUUGAAACUAUCAUGUUUGCGAAACAGAUCCUCCAUGUAUUCACAUUUCUGUCGGUAAUAGUUACUACGAGCCCUUCUCAUUUCCCUUUGAAUUGUAGUAUCGACUUGCUUAUAACGCUGUAUGUCAGUACCUUUACACAUUCUUCGUUCUUCCAUUAACUGCAGAAUUGGGUCUGUCAUCCAAUCUUGUUUUUUAACGGUAUGUGGCUAUCGUAGGUGGUUGCGGCAAAUAUCAUCCAUUUUUUGUUUAAGACUUGACCACGAAUCUGGAUUGGCAUUAGAUCGUCUUAUACGCUGAUUAACGGCCCAUUCGUUUAUGUCAUUAGAUACCUUUGCUCGAGUUUCCGGGUCAAGAAGCAUUCUAACGUUUGGUCUUAUACUAGCCUUCUUUAUGUUCAUUUUCUUCAGUUUGCAUCGUAUAUCUACGACAACUGGAUUGUGGUCUGACCUAAUGUCGGCUCCUGGGUAAGUUAAUGCUUUCUGGACAGAGUUCCGGUAUCUUUUGUUAAUCAUUACGUAGUCAAUCUGAUUGCGGACUAUGUGGUCUGCUUUGUGCAUUGGGGAUGUCCAAGUAUAAAGUCGACGAGGGGGCAGCUUGAAGAGGGUGUUCGUUAUCACUAGGUCUUUAUCCUGGCAAAAUCGAAUUAAUGUAUCACCUCUUUCGUUACGUAUCCCUAAUCCAUGUGGGCCUGUCACAUCCGGCACAGCAUUCGAUCCAACUUUCGCGUUCAUAUCGCCCAUCACUAUUAGAACCUCAUGAGCUUUCGUUGAUUUUAGCAGAGUUUCUAUGUCAUUGUAUAGAUCAUCAACCUCAGAUUCUGGUCUUUGCUCCGUGGGUGCAUACACUUGAAUGAUGUUUAUGUUACAUAUUAGUUGUGUCUUUUUAAUUAAAUAAUAACAUUAUCGAAUGUUGUGUAAUCGUAGGUACCAAUUCAAGAUUGUCACAAAUCCAUUCCCUAAGUAAACACAAAUAAGCCAAGUUUGUACAUUGAAUAUAAUUCAAUUAUAUAUUAAGUGUUCUUAUUAUUUCAAAUAUGUAAUAAUAUUUUAGGAAAUAAAUGUGUUUCUGUUAGGAAUGCUUAUUUAUCAUGUAGAGCAAAAACUUAUCGAGUUAGUUUUGGAUAUCCAACAAUUUUUACGUGACUGUCAAAGAAUGUAAUGUUUUUAGAGUUCUAUGUUUUUUAUAUUGUUUAAACGCUUUGCAAAUCUUUUUGCCGGGUCUGCAUCUUUAUUUUGCGAAUUGAGUCAGCUUUUUAUGUCAUAUGAGGGUAGGUAGAUGUAGGGUAGUAACCACUCUAUUUGACGCUCCUACGUUAUCCUGGGUCCAUCCCUUACGAUGUAAAGCUUUUCAAAAGAUUCUUACUGAUAGCUCAUUACACAACACAACCAAACAGUUGUUGAGAUAUCACUGAGGUUGUGUAUUGGGAAUUUGGUGUAUUUCGUUUAUAAGUUGACGUUCUUUAAAAGUGAUUAAAGUUUCAAUAAUAUUUUCUUAUAUAAUUUUCUACUCCUUCUUAAUUAGUUAUCUUGAAACAAAAAUAUUUUUAAUGUGUAUUCGUAUACCUUUCAUUUCAAAUUCAUUAGUUGCUUAAAAUUUUCAUUUGAGCAUAUCUAUGACAAGAUUUCAUAUAGUAUUGUGAAUAUUAAAAUUAGUUAUAUAAUGUUGUGAAUUUAAUUUAUUAAGUUUAUUUAACAUCACUAUGUUAAACCAUGAUUAAAUGCUAAACGUAACAGAGC